UCCGUGACUGGGCGUGGUGCGCCGGCGCGAGACGCAUGCGCACAAGGACCGCCGUGGGAGCGGGAGGGCGGCCUGAGGGCCUGUCCGGGAUGAAGGCGCCCUCCACACCCCUUUGCCAGACAUGUCUGUCAUUAGAAAAAUUUAAGUGGAAAAAGCAACUGGAGACUUCUCCUUUAUAAAGAAAGCCUCGUGGUGGAGCAUCUGCUUGACCAUAUCAGUGGGAGGAUGAAGGUGCCACACAGAGACUCGAUAUGAAUGGAAAAGGCCCGUCAGCAUGAAGGUACUACAGCACUCUCAACACACACUAAAAACGGCUCUCAUCUCUCAGAACCCAGGGCUUGUGUCACAGUAUGAGAAAUUAGAUGCUAGGGAACGACGUUUGUUGAGUGAAGCCUUCCAGCCGUCCAGUCAUCUCUUUGGACCAAUUACUGUGCAUUCACAGUCAGAUUGGAUCACCUCCCACCCUGAAGUUCCCCAAGAUUUCGAACAGUUUUUCACUGAUCGCCACAGAAACAUACCCUGUCCGGAAAAACACAUUAUCUAUAUGCAGUCUAUUGGCUCUCUCAGCAACACCAGAGUUAUCAGUGAAGAAUAUAUUAAAUGGCUCAAGGGCUACUGUGAAGCAUUUUUCUAUGGUUUGACUGUCAAAUUCUUGGAACCGGUUUCAGUCUCUGCCACCAAGUGUUCCUUUAGAGUGAACGAGCACACCCACAACCUACAAAUCCAUGCAGGGCACAUCCUGGCGUUCUUGAAAAAGAAGAAACCCAAAGAUGCCUUCUGCAUCGUGGGGAUAACAAUGAUCGAUCUUUACCCACGGGACUCCUGGAAUUUUGUCUUUGGACAGGCCUCUUUGACAGAUGGUGUAGGGAUAUUCAGCUUUGCGAGGUAUGGCAAGGAUUUCUACAGCUCCCGAUAUGAAGGCAAAGUGAGCAAGCCCCAGCGAACAUCUUCCAAUGACUAUUCCGUUUUUGAUAACUAUUACAGUCCUGAGAUCACUAGUAUUUUGCUGUGGCGAUCCUGUAAGACUUUAACCCAUGAGAUUGGACACAUAUUUGGACUGCGGCACUGCCAGUGGCUUGCCUGCUUAAUGCAAGGCUCCAAUCACUUGGAAGAAUCCGAUCGGCGGCCUCUAAACCUUUGCCCUAUCUGCUUACGCAAGCUGCAGGUUGCUAUUGGCUUCAGUAUUGUUGAGAGAUACAAAGCACUUCUGAGGUGGAUUGAUGAGGAAUCUAACGACUUGUCACGAGCAACUCCGAGAAAGAGUUCUGACCAUGUGAAUUUGCAGAAACCUGUGGAAGCCUUUCAGGAUUGGAGAGAAUGGAUAGUAAAAUGCAUUGCUGUUCUGGAAAAAUAAGGACUUGGAGAUAGGUGUAACUGAAACAAAUACCGGCACACUAGGUGUUUGUGGCUAGAGUACUUCAUUGGAGUAAACCUUCUACUGGUUCUAUGCUGAGGCCAGGUAACAGACUAGAAGCUUCUUUGAAGCCCCUGGACCAGAAUAAGGAACAAGGAAAGCCCGCUCUGCCUUUCUCUCUUGUCUCAUUAGCCUGGUCUGUGGCGGUAAGCCCAUCACUUCCUUGCUUCAAAUUGGAUUAGCUGAAGCUAGAAGGUAAAUAAAUAAAAUAAUUAAAAAAACACUUUAAAAAUGACUGUGUGGCCCAAGGAAUGAAUGAACACUUUCCAGGGUUGCUUUUGCUCUGGAAGAGAUGCUGCCCCUUGUGCGGCCCAGCUGAGUCACCAGGGCUGUGGCCUUGCAGGGGUUGGCACCCUUGCUGCCUGCCGUCUCCCCUUGGGACCCGUGGGUGCCCUUCUUUUUUUCCUGGCCAUUUAUGAGCCUGUCCCUGGAAGAAGCAGCAGCUACGUGAGUUCUUAGCAGUGAGAGCAGCAGUGGUCCUUGCCCACAGCAGCUGUUGAUGAGUCAUGUCGGAGGGCCUUUACGGAUGACGUGUGUAACAGUGCUUGUAUCUCUGUAGGUUGCACUCAUUCUGUAGGGUUAGGUGAGAUUGAAGUUUAUGUUUUACGCACUUGAUUGCAUUGUGACAGGUUUGAGUAAGGAAGAGAGUGAAUGGGUUACUUACCUGUCAGGAUGCCCAGAAUGCCUGUGGUCGGUCGCCUGUCAGCCUAUGACAUCAGCCACUUGCUGUGGUGGUGAGCCGGUCGACACCCUCAGGGUCAACAAAUCUCUGUGAUCAAUGUAUCCUGGACAACAAGAAACGACUGUUACUUCAUGCUGGAGGACUGGUAGCUUGUCCUACUUUAUCACCUAUUUGUAGUAUUGGUUUUUGUUUGUUUUGUUGUUGUUUUUCUCUGAGACAGGGUCUCUCCAGCUACCCCUGGCUGGCCUGGAACUUGAUAUAUAGACAAGGCUAGCUUUGAACUCAUAAAGAUCCCCUGCUUCUGCCUCCCAAGAGCUGGGAUUGAAAGGUGUGUGCCACCACACCUGGUAAUCCUGGGGCUUGACCCAGGGCUUUGUGCAUGCUUAGCACUCUACAGUUGAGUGACAUCCCCAGUCCCAGUUUCCCACACUCCUAUCUUUAAGGUAAGACUUGAAUUCCUUCCUCCCUCUGUCUUUGAUUUUCUUUUUCUUCUUUUCAAAUGACGAGGUGGGGGCCGGGGUGAAGGACGACUGUAGGUGUCAUUCCUCAGGCUGUCCAGUGAACUCGGGGACCUACCUGCCUGCUUCCUCACCCCCACCCCCAUGGGUGCUGGGUAUCACACUUGGGCCUCUGCCUCCAUGGCAAGCACCUUACUGACUGAGCUAUUUCCAGCUCUUUUUCCACUCAGAAUCUAAAUUCUUCCAUUGUUGUAACUUAUACAGUGUAAUUAAAAGCACGCUUGACAACUAAA